AUGAAAGAAAGAAGAAAACAACAGGAAAACAAUAAGAUGUUCAUGCUGCCAUUAGUUGACGCCAUAGUUUCGGGUAUACAUGCAAGAUUUGAUGAUGUGAUGGAUGAUGACCAGGUGAUUGCUGCUUCUAUUCUCAUUCCCAAGUUUAAGGACCACUGGACUGACGACAAUUCCCAGUUAAAGAAAGGUUUGGGAAUACUUCCUAUAUUAGUUUGGUUAAUGGUUAUAGGGUUGUCUAUAGAUUGCAGGAGUGUUUAAUUCAGAAUUAUUAUAAUUUAAAUAAGAUUAAUUAUCAUUAAUAAUCAAAUAAUUAAUAAAUAUAAUUGCUAAUGAAAUAUAUUUUACAUUGAUUUGUUUCAAGGGCUGGAGUACAUUCGGAACCGUUUAGUUGCUGACAAUGUGGUAGAGAGCGAGGAAACGGAAGCCAAGGAAGAUGAAGCAUCUGCAAACAAAUUUUUCAAGACAAAGAAGAAGAGUUCAAAAGAUGUGCUUGAGCUAUACUUGUCAUCUGACAACGAAGAUUUUGAUAUUUUCAAAGAACGAUGUGCUUCCCUAAGAAAAUUGGCUUUGGAACUGAAUAGUCCACUUCCAGCCAGUGCAGCAUGCGAGCGUCUUUUUAGCACUGGUGGUCUGAUACUGAGGCCCCACCGAAGCAGUCUUAGUGACAAACAUUUUGAAGCAUGCCUCCUCUCAAAGCUUAACUUUAAGUUUUUGAAAUAG